AUGCCUGCUGAUUGGACCGAUCCCAAUGACCCAACGUUGUCGCAGCGGAAUCCUUUUCAAACAGGACAAAUUGCUGAAGUACCCAGAGAUGUGAAGGCACCCGUUGUUUACGAUCCAACGUUACGGCUCAUUUUGCGUCAGAUGUUCAAAGAGCUUCGUGUUGAUCCAUUGGAGAAGACUUUCUUUUCGCGCAAUGCAAAAGUUUCUUUGUCUUCUCUGAACAUGAAAGUUAUUGGAUCGUAUCUGGAGAUGGAUACUCUGGAAAAUGAGCUAUCUAUAAAGGAGCAAGUCCGAGGUGCACUACAUAACAUGUUUGAAGUGGCAAGUAUCUUGACUAUUUUUAUUUCGUAUGACCGUCGGACAGCCACCAUCGAUUUGGCCAAGAACUGCCUCACGAUGGCUCGAACCAUGGCUAUCUCUUAA